UGAUAUAUCCUCAUAGUGUACUGCCUUAAACAGUCUUGCUGAUUGCAUUAACUAAACAAAAGCGCGUUCAUAUUGGACAGUAUGAGUAUAUCAACCAAACUCGACCCGUUGAAGCCGGAAAGUUUCAACCACAAGUACGCUUGGAUCAACGGCAUACGAUAUCACUAUGUGGACGAAGGUCAGGGACCGUUAGUGGUCCUGUGCCAUGGAUUUCCCGACAUGUGGUAUGGCUGGCGAUACCAGAUUCCGUAUCUUGUGGCCAGGAACUACCGAGUCAUUGUUCCUGACUUUCGGGGUUAUGGGGAGACAGAUGCACCUUAUGUGAAGCCGGGUGACGUUGACGGCCUGAAAGCAUACGGCCUGAAAAAUAUCUGUAAAGAUCUGGCUGAACUCCUGGAUCAUGUCGGUGGCAAAGGGACCUCGGCGAUCUUCAUUGGCCACGACUGGGGAGGCAUGACCGUCUGGCGGAUGUGCCUGCACUAUCCGGAACGGGUCAAAGCAGUAGCUGCCAUUUGUACCGCAUUUUCUCCUCCAAACACUCAGUACAUUGCCCUAGAGCAGCUUGUCAAAACUUGGCCCCAAUUCCAGUACCAGAUUUGGUUUACAGAUCCCGCGACGGAUGAAGAGCUCGAUAAUAACGUGAGCACCUUUUUGCGGAACAUAUACCGUGGUGUUGGCGAGGAUACAGCGCUGGUACACCAGUGCUCCCUCAACGAACUGCCCAGGAAUCUUCCGCUAAGCUCAAAGCUAGCGCUGUCAGAGCAGGAAUUUGAAUAUUACUGUCGACAAUUUGCCCGUCGGUCGUUUCAUGGUGGAUUGAACUAUUACCGUACUCGCCGAGUGAACUUCGACGACGAACGAGACUGUCCUCGGGAGGUUUCCCAUCAAGCAUUAAUGAUUGUUGCCACCGCAGACCCUGCUCUGCCUGUGAGCAUGGCUCGCAAAAUGAAUAAAUAUGUUAAGAAUAUGGAAUUGAAGACGAUAGAGGCGGCUCAUUGGGUGCAAAUGGAAAGAACGGCUGAGCUUAAUGAGAUGCUUGCAGAGUGGCUGAGCAAGCUCAGCGAGACGAAAGCAAAGUUGUAAGUACGCACAUUAGGUAGGCGGAUUAGUGUAUGUAGACAUAGUACCACCAAACGAAGAUAUAAACCAGCAUCAGCUGCUUGGCAUUCACCCAUAAAGGGCAAAGACCAACCAUCGCUAAGGACACAAUCAAUGUCAUACUUAACUCAGUAGAAAAUGUCAAUAUCGUGUUGAAUUUGCACAAAUGGGCGAAGAUAGUCUGA